UCCUACCAUGCUCGCGAUACGGCUCUACGUUUCGUUAUUUUUCGUUGGGGUCGUCGUGUUCUGCACCCCUCCGGACUGGGACCGGGACCCCAGCCUCUUUCCUCGAUUGCCGAUCGCCGUCGCGGCAAUCGACGCCGACGUCGACGUCGACGUCGCCGACCUGUGCCAAAGACACAGCGAUCUGUACGCCAACCAUCUGAACAACAUGACCCUUUGGGCCGAGGAAAUGUGGGAUGCGACUGCCAAGUCGACCAGUGGCGUGUUAAGGGGCAGCAUCUUUCAAAUGGGCCACUUCGAACAGUGCCUGACGGCCAGGGCGCCCUUCGAAACCCAAUAUUGUUUGGCCACGGUCACGGCCAAACUGCCCAAGCCUGAUAUCGAACGCGAUCCUCUCUCACUCUUUUAUCAUCCCCAAGAGACCGUUUUCCAGAGGCUCUACAAAUACGACGACAUUUCCCAGCAAUCAAGGAACGUGAUCAAAAUAGGAUGGUGCAUACCGGCGUCGUGUACCACGGACCAGCUCCAGACUUAUCUAAACAAAUACUUCCAACGAAAGGAUUUCCGGAUGAAGCAACUGAACGUUAGUUACGAAGCCCAAUUCUCGGAGGAAUGGUGUCAGAGGUCCACCGAAAAUGAUUACUUUAGCGGCGGCGACAUCGCAUUCACGUUCGUCACGAUAAUCCUGAUCGCCAUAGUCGUGGCCGUGACCGUGUACGACUUCAACAGCACGGAAGAGCCGCUGAAAAAGUCUCUUUUGUACAGGUUGUCGAUGACGUUCUCGGCCAGGCAGAACUUCAACGAUCUGAGCAAACACGACGAAUCCAAUCCGGCCCUCUCCAUCCUCUACGGCCUCAGGUCCGUCUCCAUUCUGAUGAUCAUCACGGCCCACCGUUUCGGCACCUACGUCUCUUCGGCUUUGCUCAACUUUGAUUACAUCGAAACGCAAUACCGUUCACUCCUGACCACCAUAUUGUUUCACGGUGACUUAUUUGUGGACACGUUUUUUAUUUUGAGUGGAAUUUUGGUUGUUUAUACGUUGUUAAAUCAGUUCGAGAAGAAAAUCAUGAACCCCGGCUUCAUGAUACUCGUACGAUACGUAAGACUGACCCCAGCGUACGCCUUCGUCAUAUUUUACUACGCGACGCUGUUCAAUCACACGGGCAACGGGCCGUUAUGGAAAGUGGUGGCCGGCGGUGAUUCCCAGGACUGCAGGACGAACUGGUGGACCAAUUUACUUUACAUAAGCAAUUACGUCCACGCCGACCACAUGUGUAUGACACACUCCUGGUAUUUACCAUGCGACUUCCACUACUUCAUAAUCGGCCUCUUUCUCUGCAUCCUCAUCAAAAAAGAAAGGAAAGCCGGAUUGGGAGCAUUGUUGGCCAUCACCCUGGUGUCAAUGGCCAUCCCCUUCGUCUUAACGGUGGUGUAUCAAAGGCCAGCCUUGCUUCACUUUUAUCCUGAGUUUUUGACCGGCCCUAAGGUACACCCGGACUUCCUGUUGACCUACUGCAAGUCCCACACCAGGGCCACACCAUAUUUUAUUGGGAUGUUUGCUGGUUACUUGUACUACAAGCUUCAAGGAAAAGAAAUUCAUAUUUGUAAGCUUAAAUCCGGCCUGCUGACGCUGGUGUCGUUGCUGCUGAUGUUCGUGUCGGUGUUCGUGGGCGGCGUCUUCUACAACCCCUACCACCGGUACGACGCGGUCGAGUCCGGCGCCUACGCGGCCCUACACCGCCCCGCCUGGGCCCUGGGCAGUCUGGGGCUGCUCUACACCGCCAGCUACGGGCACGGCUACAUCAUCAACCGGGUGCUCACCUGGUCGCCGCUGGUGCCUCUCUCCAAACUCGUCUACGGCACCUACUUGGUUCACAUGCAGUUCCAGCUGAGGUCGGCCGCCCGCUUCAGGAAUCCCCGGUCCAUUUCCUACUUUGAUGUCAUAAGCCACGCCUUGUCGGACAUGGUGUUGUCGUUCACGUUCGGCUUGGUGCUGUAUUUGCUGGUGGAGGCUCCCUCCAGGAGGAUCUUUAGAGAGUUAAUGAUGCCCAAGCGGCCCACCAAGACCCUGAAAGUGUCCCAACACACCACUAGUGAGGACAACAUCAUGAACAACAAGACCACCGCCACCAGCGACAGUAGAUUGUAAUUAAUUAAUCCAUUGGGGUUUAGGUUGGGGUUUGGUUUCUAUUCACUCAUUCACCUUCACAAGCAAUGCAAUUUACUUGUAAUGUUGUAAUACUACUACUAGUUAUUAUUAUUAAUUAUAAAUGCACCACCAUAUAAUAUUAUAGUUUCAAAUAAAUAAAUAUAUGUUUAGGUAAUAUGUUAAGGUUAUGAUGUGCAAUGAUUUUUGGGCAACAUUUUCAAAACCAAAUUCUCCGGAAUAAACAUUAAUUAAUGGAACCUAAUUAAUUUAAAAUUGUGUGGGUAUUUAUGAUUUUUUCCAGUCACCGAUGUUACUUAAUACGAAAUCAUUGCCAAAGUGUUCCAAACCAAUUAAGAAAUCGUUCACCAUUACCUACAUAACUUAAGAUUUUGCAUUUGGAAAUACUUUACUAAUAUCGCAUUGAUUUCACAACUUUACCAAAAACAAAUCAAACAAAUCGGCGAUUAAUUGUUUGACGUUUGACGUUUGACGUUUGAUAUUUGAUGUUUGACGUUUGAUGCUUGAUGACUGAUGACUGAAAGUCAUCUGCCUCCCUGGUCCGUUUCGUCGCCGUCCAUCCCCAUUUAAUUUCGCACAAAAAAAAUGAAUAAAAAACUAGAGAACCAAGCCAAGCCCCCGUCACCAAAGCCGCCCAAACCCACAGCCACAGCGACGCCCACGCCCCAAGCCCAAACAACGAAGACCAUAUGCAUAAAGAACCUGCCCAGAUUCAUGAAGAAGGACAACAUCGAAGGUCUGCUGCGUGAACAAAAUUUGCUCUAUUCCAAAGUCAAGUUGAACCACGGACACGCGUACGUGGAGUGCAGGGACCGGAUGAACAUCGAGCUGGCCCUCAAGAAGCUCGAAGGGGUGUUCUUUCACGGGAAGAUCCUGCACGUCAAGCCGGUUGUGGGGAAGGAGGAGACGGAGUCCCCACCGAAGAGUGCCACUGGCUCUAAAUAAAAUUCAAUUCUGGUCCGAUAACUCUUUUGUAUCUGUAUUCGAGUCGAUUAAUAAAUUUAAUUGUUGACUUCUGAA